GCAGUUACUGCAUAUCUUCAUACUGUCUUUGGUAGGAAGGACGCAGAUGGCUGAGUAGCUAGCUACUGUAGCAAAAUUAGCCAACAAAAUAACACAAUCACUCGUACAAGUGACACAACGUUGAUUUCGACAGUUUCAGGGAUAAACCAGAGUCAAGAAGAUGGCUGACACAGAGCAAACAAGUGCCCCUCCUCCCCCUCAAUUAGGGACAGUGCAAUUCAUGUUGGCUAACAAACUAGAGACGGCAAUGUGGCUCUCGCGGCUCUUCACCGUCUAUUGCUCAGUAAUGUUCAUUCUACCUCUCUUAGGACCCCAGGCGGCUGCCAAUUUCUAUCAGCGUGCGCUGCUGGCCAACGCACUCACCAGUGCUCUGCGGCUACACCAGCGGCUUCCUCACUUCCAGCUCAGCAGAGCCUUCCUAGCCCAGGCACUCCAAGAGGACAGCUGUCACUACCUGCUGUACUCCCUCAUCCUGGUCAACUCUUACCCCAUUACAAUGAGCAUAUUCCCAGUCUUCCUCUUCUCGUUGCUUCAUGCAACCACCUACACAAAGAAGGUUCUUGACGCAAUGGGCCCCAAUAGCCUUCUCUUCAUGAGGAACUUCCUCAACAAGCUCUCGGCCAACCAGCAGAACAUCCUGAAGUUCAUCGCCUGCAAUGAGAUCUUCCUCAUGCCAGCCACCAUAUUCAUGCUCUUCAGUGGCCAGGGAAGCUUGCUGCAGCCUUUCAUUUACUACAGGUUUCUAACUCUCCGCUAUACAUCAAGGAGAAACCCAUAUUGCCGCACCCUGUUCUCAGAGCUGCGGAUUCUGCUGGAACAUUUCGUCAUGAAGCCCGCCUGCCCCGCCUUCUUCAGAAAGAUGUGCCUCAACAGUGUCUCCUUUAUGAGCCGCCUGGCCCCCACCGCAGUGUGACCUUACUUCCUGUUCCCACACAACCAUAGUUUGUACUGUAAGGGGCGUGGCAGCAUUUCAACUCAAGAGGGACGGACGAACAACAACUUUGAGAGCAAGGAAAAAAACCUUUUGAAUGUUAGUCUGGUCUGUCUUCCUGCUGCUCUGUUCAUAUGCUACAGCGGAGGCUGAGGCUCGGACUGCGACGCACUGAAAACUGAUUGUUUUCAAUAUGGCUUUAUGGAACAGCCAAACACUCACUCCACCCCCCUCUUUUCUCUCGCUCUCUUUGGGAAUAAACACCAGCUGACUAUUUGAUGUGUUCUACUUCUAAGGAUUGACCUUGUGAUGGUUAAAUGUCUUUGUCAUGGAAAAUACUUGUUCUUAUCUUUAAAAAAAAAAAUACUAACUUCUGAGAUUAGAUAAUUAAAUUGUACUAUACAUAGUUGCAGUCUCUUUUUUUUUAAUAGCCAAAUAUUGUGCUUUUCAAAGGUGAUGUCAGUUGCUCUGUAUUUUAUUUUUUACAUCCACUAAUUCCAUUUUAUGUUUGUUUUCUUACACGGAAAGCAUUGGUUAUGAUUGUGUCUUAACACAUUUCUACUCUUUGAAUUUGAAAUGUGAUCAAUGCCAUGUAACUCACUAUUUAAAAAAUGUGUUGGCAGUUGAGGCAGUGUCAAAAGGGCCCUGAAAUUAGAAGGCAACAUAUCUGCUCUAUUUUGAAGACUUAAAUGGUACAAGGACAUGUAGUUGUAGGAUUUAUGGCUGAAAUGAAUCAGUUUCACUAUACCAGCAUUUCCUCAGUCUGCACAAAGCACAUGUUAUGCAGUAAAUGGGAAGGACUAGGCUGGUUUCAAAUACAAGUUUAUAUUUGCAUUUUUAAUAGGUUUUCUAAUUGAAAAUCUAUUUAAAUUCAGGUUCAAUUUAACUGAUUUGUGGCUAAUAUCCCUAUAGUUUUCCGAUUCAGUGCACGCCCAUGUUAAAUUUCUUUAUUUACUUGUAGAGAAACCAUGUUUGUAUAGCUCUGGAAUAAAUUUCUCCAUUCUCUUAAAUCGAAAAAUGACCUUGUUGAAUGAGAUUUAUAACCUCCAUAUUCACUAAUAUAAACAUGAUUCGUAUCAA